UGAGCGUGAAGGGCCGUCCCACCUGAGAGGGAUGUCCCAGCUCAGCAUUAGAACUCAGAGGCAAAACAUAUUUCACCCUCCCAGUGUUCAGACCUCUUUAGAUAUGGAGGAUUUAGGACUGAAGUUUGUCUACAGAAAUGGAAUGAUCAGUCAGAGUGAAGCUGUGGCUACUGCUUCUCCCAAAGUUACGUUAUGUAGUUUCUGUUCAAAGUGGCUGAGAUGCAUCAAGAACUGGCUCCCAGUGGACUACAGAAGGGAGACGGUUCAACUUGUCAAACUAGCAGGGCCUGUGGUCAUUUCGCAAUUGAUGGUCUUUCUCAUUAAUUUUGUCAGCACGGUCUUCUGUGGUCACCUGGGGGAAAAUGAGCUUGCAGGUGUGGCAUUAGCAAUAGCGAUUAUCAAUGUGACCGGUAUUUCAGUUGGCACUGGUUUGGCAUCGGCCUGUGACACCCUCAUAUCUCAGACGUAUGGGAGUGGAAACCUAAAGCGUGUGGGAGUCAUUCUUCAGAGAGGUGUUCUGAUCCUGCUCCUGGCUUGCUUCCCCUGCUGGGCUAUCCUCAUUAACACAGAGCCUUUGCUACUCGCUGUCAAACAGAGCCCGGAAGUUGCACGACUCUCCCAGCUGUAUGUAAAGAUCUUCAUGCCUUCUCUGCCAGCUGCCUUCAUGUUCCAGCUGCAGGGGAGGUACCUACAGAACCAGGGGAUCAUCUGGCCUCAGGUGAUAAUUGGAGCCAUUGGAAAUGUUCUUAAUGCCAUUAUCAACUACAUCCUCCUUUAUGUGCUGGACAUGGGUGUUGUUGGAUCUGCAGCAGCAAAUGCUGUCUCACAGUCAACUCUGGCUCUGAUGUUGCACAUCUACAUCUACUGGAAGGGGUUACACAAGGCAACAUGGUCUGGUUGGUCGCUGGAGUGCCUGAAGGAAUGGGGUCUGUUCACCCGGAUUGCCAUUCCCAGCAUGCUUAUGCUCUGUCUGGAGUGGUGGACUUUUGAAAUCGGAGGAUUGUUGGCUGGUGUGAUCAACAAGGCUGAGCUGGGAGCUCAGUCAGUUGUGUAUCAGCUGGUUGCUAUUACGUUCAUGGUCCCGAUGGGAUUCGGGGUAGCAGCCAGCGUGCGGGUUGGGAAUGCUCUUGGUGCUGGAAACGUUGAGCAGGCCACGGCAGCUGGCAAGGUCUCCGUCAUCUGUGCAUUUGCAGUCUCGUGCCUUGUUGGACUUAUUCUCGUGACAUCUAAGGAUGUGAUUGGUUACAUCUUUACAACAGAAAAAGAAAUAGUUCAGCGUGUUGCUGAUGUCAUGAUCAUAUAUGGAUUCUUCCAUCCUGCAGAUGCCAUGGCGGCUGUGACGGGGGGCAUCAUACGAGGAACGGGGCAACCGAGGAUUGGGGCCAUCUAUAACUUGGUGGGAUAUUACUUCAUCGGCAUUCCUAUCGGAGUGUCCCUGAUGUUUGCGGCAAAAAUGGGCAUCCUAGGACUGUGGUUGGGGCUUUUUAUUUGUGUCACUCUGCAGUCCAUAUUUUUUGUCAUUUUCUUGUAUAAACUAAACUGGAGGAAGGCUGCUGAAGAGGCGAUGGUGAGAGCAGGAGUCCAGGUCACAGACAAGAAAGAUGUGCUAGCACUGGAAAACAAGGGACGUGCCCACACUGCUCAAAGAGAAUCUGAGGUCACCAUCAUUUCAUCUAACGUCCUGAGCUACGAGGAGUGUAACUCAGACCUGCAGGUGCUCACUCCAGGCUGUGAUGAUGAAGCAGCCGGUGCUGCAGUGUCACGGCCUCUGCUGGUCAGACAGCUGCUGGUGUGUCGUGGCCUGACUGUGCUGUUCAUGGUGCUCAUCCUUGCAGCUGGGAUAUUCACCAGCAAAAUGCUUCUCAAGCUGCUCAGAUGACAGACCCUAUACUGACUGCUGGUUGUCUCACAGCUGUGUGGCAUCAUUUUGUGACACAGCAGACAAAGUCAUGCGUUAAAAACAGGCUCAAUUUAUUCUCCCAGAGUCAGCAAAGUAAUAUAUUAUUUCUUUAUGAUC